CAGACAGACAGAAGCAUCUAACCGGACAUAAACCACAGGAGGUGUUUGAAAGUGAUGCUUUGACAGUUUGAAGGGCUUCCUGAGACUCGCGCCACUGCCAUGGCGGUGCGCUCUGACCUGUUGGGUACGGCUCAGCCGGCGUUUGAGUCCUGGCCUGCAGGCAGUGGCAGUUCUGUGGAGGAGCUGGACGUCAGGAGUUUCCUGAGCUCACUGAUGGAGGAGAACAGCACAGCGGAGAGAUGUUAUCGCUCUCACUCCCGCAGCAGCGUCCUGCAAGGCCUGCCCUUCGGAGGAGUCCCCACCGUCCUCGCCAUCAACGUCGUUCUAUGGCUGUUCCUGCUUCUAAUCUUCUCCUGUUUGAGGAAAGCAGCGUGGGACUACGGUCGCCUGGCUCUGCUUAUGGAAAAUGACAGCUUGACAUCACUAUUCUAUGGAGAACAAAGUGAGAAAGAGAAAACCCCAUCAGAAUCCAGCCCAUCAGACUCAGAGACCAAGGACAUGGGCUUCUGUUCCUGGCUCACAUCUCUGUACCACAUGAAGGAUGAAGAGAUACGCAGUAAAUGUGGCAUUGACGCGAUCACGUACCUGUCUUUCCAGCGUCACAUUAUCCUGCUCAUGAUGGUGGUGUGUUUGCUGUCGCUCACCAUCAUCUUGCCUGUCAACCUCUCUGGAAACCUCCUAGGAGAUAGCCCACAGAAUUUCGGCCGAACAACGGUGGUUAAUGUUCCUGCACAGAAUGCAUUUCUGUGGCUGCACAGCAUCUUUGCUCUGCUGUAUUUUGUGAUCACAGUACUGUGCAUGGCCCAUCAUUCCUCACGACUGGAAUACAGAGAAGAUGAGAAGGUGGCCAGAACUCUAAUGAUAACUUCAGUUCCCAGAGAAAUCUCUGAUCCCAGCCUGAUCACCAAACACCUGCAUGAAGCCUACCCUAGCUGCACCGUCACAGACAUCCGGUUCUGCUUUGAUGUACAAAAACUAAUGAAGCUGGACUCAGAAAGGCGAAAAGCAAUGAAAGGAAGGCUGUACUUCACAACCAAAGCUCAGAAGGAAGGCAGGAUCAUGAUAAAGACUCACCCCUGUGCACAGAUCUUCUGCUGUGAUAUAUGUGGCUUUGAACAGGUGGAUGCAGAGCAGUAUUACAGUGAACUGGAGGAGAAACUGACAGAUGAGUUUAAUGCAGAGAAGAACCGUAUCUCUAUGAAGAGGCUGGGCAUUGCCUUUGUUACCUUCAGAGAUGAGAGAAUGACUGCCGUUAUUGUGAAAGACUACGGCCGAGCUCGCUGCCGCCACAGACCCCAGCAGUCCAGCAUUACCACAGUGGUGCGGUCCCAUCAGUGGGGUGUUUCUUACGCCCCGGCCCCUAAUGACAUCAACUGGGAAAAUCUGUCAGUGUGCGGUUCUCGCUGGUGGCUCCGCUGCGUCCUGCUCAACAUUCUACUUUUCUUCUUGCUCUUCUUUCUCACAACCCCUGCUAUCAUCGUAAACACUAUGGACAAGUUCAACGUCACUCGGCCAGUUGAAAGCUUAAGGAACCCAGUAAUUACCCAGUUCUUCCCCACCCUGCUCCUGUGGGCCUUUUCCAUUCUCCUGCCCUUCAUUGUGUACUAUUCAUCUUUCUUUGAGUACCACUGGACCAGGUCCGGUGAGAAUCAGGUCACCAUGCAUAAAUGCUUUCUACUGCUUGUCUUCAUGGUAAUCAUUCUACCAUCACUAGGUCUAUCCAGCUUGGAUUUGUUCUUCAGGUGGCUCUUUGACAUCCACUUCCUGGAUGAAACAGAUGUAAAGUUUCAAUGUGUGUUUUUGCCUGAUAACGGAGCUUUUUUUGUGAACUACGUGAUCACGUCCAGUCUGAUCGGAACGGUCAUGGAGCUUUUGCGUAUUCCUGCUCUACUGGUGUACUCUCUUCGCCUUUGCUUUACCAAAUCUAAAGCUGAGCGCAUCCACGUUAAAAGAAGUCAGGCCUAUGAGUUUCAGUUUGGUCUCGAGUAUGCCUGGACAAUGUGCAUAUUUUCAGUCAGUAUGACCUACAGCAUCACCUGCCCCAUCAUUGUACCUUUUGGGUUGCUGUACCUUGUGCUAAAGCAUAUGGUAGAUCGCUAUAAUAUCUACUACGCCUAUUUACCCACAAAGCUCAGCCAGCGGAUCCAUUCGGCCGCCAUCAGUCAAGUGGCAGUGGCGCCCAUUCUCUGCAUGUUCUGGCUGCUGUUCUUCUCUGUGCUCAGACUGGGUCCAGUGCAGCCCAUCACUCUGUUCACUUUCAUAACUCUCUUGUGCUGUAUUGCCUUCUCCUGCUUUGGCUUCUGUCUGAAAAAACUACGACCUGACAGAUCAACAAGCUAUCAGAUGUCCGAUCAGACGACCGAAGGAGGCUUCACUGAUGCGGAAAGAAGCACUGUUUCCACCACAACCACAGCUAAUCUUUUUAUAGCCUCCGUCUUGCUGGAGCCAGAGCUGGGCCUGACUCCCAUGCCCUCUCCGGCCCACCAGAGCUAUGGCACCAUGGGGAACAGCCAGAAUUCAGUGCAUGAUGCUGAAGAGGUGGAGGAGAAGGAUCUGGAGGAGAAGGAUCUGGAGGAAACUUUGGAAACUGAACUCAAGGAUGACCCAGAUCCCAGCUGCCCGAGCCCUCUCAUGGACAGUCCUGUAGGUUUCCAGUGACCAACCUGCCCCCCGUUCCUACUCCCUAACGCUAAAGCCUCAUGCCUCAUCUUAGCUAGUGGCUGAUUUUCCCCCAAAAAAAAUUUCCUCUACAACCUCCAUUUACGAGUAAAGGACAACAAAUUGCAGCCAUCCAAGCAAACUGCUUCAAAAAGCUUGCUCGGAAUUCACUGACAUGGCGGUUUUAGUUCUGAGGACUUUGAUGAGCUUUCAAAGAAGUAUCUGAAGUGGAUAAAAGCAAAGAUCUGUCAAAGAACGAGACCAGCCACUUCUCUUGCUCGGACUACGCUUUCUACUUUCUUCUGUAUUUUUCUUUUCUCUUUAAUGACGUUAAUGGGUGUCUGGCGGUUUGUUUGACUGAAGCUUGGGACAUUGUAUUUUGACAGAUUUUUUGAUGUCAUUUUAUAUGCAUAG